GAGCUAAUAGGCGCCCCCUAAAGAGGCAAGUAGUCAGAGGCGGAGGGCAGUUAAGCCCAUAGCCAGAAUCGCCAGUCUUAAACCGAACGCGAUGCCGACAAAAUGACGCGCUUACUCCACUUUAUUUCAAUUGGAAGCGUUUUGAUUGCACUUGCACUUGCAAACACGCAUUUAGCCAAGGACCUUGAUGAGUCUUCGCCAAAUGCAAAUGUAACGCGUGCGGUGGCAAAAGUCCACAGUCGACGGAAACGUUAUCUGGCAUUUCCGGAGGGUUCUUCGGUUUCGGCGGCGAUUUGCUUAACCGUUGGCAUGAUUGGUAAUCCAGAUGUCGACUAUCUGAGUUGGGCCGUCAAUUGGGGUGUCGCCUACGAUCUACCCAAUCAUAAUUGGGUGAUUCAGCAUGCCCAUGGCUUGGCAGCCAAUCUCACUAAGCCAAUGAUACUGCGUCGUUCGCGUCGUAGUUUCUUCGACGAGGUGCAGACAGCAUUCGACCACAUGGGAUUCAAUGGACGCGCCUGUGUAGCUCGUGCCCUCUGCGAGAGCGCUAAGUAUAUGCAUGCUCCCGGGCAACGCGGCAACAUGUUGGAGGAACUUGUGCGUGCUGUUUUCAGUCUGCCCACUUCAUCCGUUGUGGAGCAUGAGCCGCAGGCGCAUCAUCACUACGACCGAAUCUAUCGACACUCGAAGCGACAGACACGAGAGUGCCAUGAGCUCUAUCCGGGCUGCCACUUCUCUUUGCUGGCACUGGCUCUGGGCAACUUUGCAUCAGCUCCAGCGCAGUUUAACAAAUACAAUUUCAUGUGAGAAACUAAUUGCUAGAGAAAGCUGGUAAAAUAAAUGCGGUGGAAAUAAGUUAAAUCUUAAAUUGGCGUGAAAAUUAUGAACUCAAUCAAACAAAAACAAGUAAGGAACCUAAUGUUGAGUGUGCUCAACUGUGCGACACGCAUU